AUGGCCGACAGGGGGGAUGCGCCGUCGGGCCAAAACUAUGGCGAGGAAUGGGCGCACGACCUGAGGCUACGGUUUGAGCAGUUGUUACGAGCAAAGCGAUUAAAUGAACUCGAAACACGGUCUCGCCAGGGCUCGCCCGCACCGCGCGAGAGGGCGUCGUCGAGCAAUCUCGGUGCUGCUGCGUCUGCAUCCGGCCCCGGCAGGCCAUCGACGUCGCACAGCGCCUCGGGCCAGCAGACGCCGCCCUCCUACUCUUCAGUCCGAAACCUCCCCAAGAUCCCAACACCGCCAGCGGCCACGGACCGCGAAUCUCUUAAAUUCAGAAACAUGCUCGUAACCCUCUCUCUAACCCCCACCAAGUACGAAAACCCGGGCCUACUAGACGAGGCCUUGCAAGUGAUCCCGCUAGACAGGAUAUACGGCGAGGCCGAGGAGGAAUGCCAAGUGUUGCAAGCACAGGCAGAGAGCAUGGGCGACGGGCGCAAGCCCGAAUGGGGAUACCAAGAUUGUGUCAUCCGAGCACUGCUCAGGUGGUUCAAGCGCGUCUUUUUCACAUGGGUCAACAACCCUCCCUGCCCAGUGUGCAUGUCCCCGACCAUUGCCCAGGGCAUGACGGCACCGACGCCCGAAGAAAACGCCUGCGGAGCCCUGCGCGUGGAGCUGUAUAGAUGUUCAAACGGCGGUUGCGGAGCGUACGAACGCUUCCCGCGAUAUAGCGACGUUUGGCGUCUGCUGCAAACACGGCGCGGGCGAUGCGGCGAAUGGGCCAACUGCUUCAGCAUGCUCUGUCGGGCGGUCGGUGGCCGCGUGCGCUGGGUCUGGAACGCCGAGGACCACGUCUGGACAGAGGUGUACUCGGAGCACCAGAAGCGAUGGGUCCACGUUGACGCCUGCGAGGAGGCCUGGGACAACCCGAGGCUGUACACGGACGGGUGGGGUAAGAAGAUGUCGUACUGCAUCGCCUUCUCCAUCGACGGCGCCACCGACGUGACGAGGCGUUACGUCCGCAAAAUGGAGCACUACCAGGAGCGUAGCCGCUGCCCCGAAGAGGUUCUCCUUUACAUCAUGCAGGAGAUCAAGCACCUGCGACGGGCCAACAUGGACAAAGACGUCCGAUUCCGCCUCGAGAAGGAAGACUCGAGGGAGGACCGCGAACUGCGCAGCUACGUCGUCGCCUCGAUUACACAAGCCGUCACCGAGCUUGUGCCGUCGCCGAGCGACAGUGGUCCGAGCGUGCGAACGCCGGCCGGCCCGUCCAACGACGACACCAAGGUGCCCGUAUCUGCCGAGCAGCCCGCCCGGCAGAGCGGUAACGCUGAGUGGGUAGCUCAGCGAGGGGAGAAUGGGCGGCGAAACCAACAGUUCCCGCCUCCUGGAAAUCAGGGUCCCCCUUUCCCCUAA